GACACCGAUGCUGGCAGCAGCGUCAUCCUGGUCGAGAGCCCUGUCGGCACGUACGGCUUGGAGGGAGAGGACAGCAUCCCCUACGAGCAGACGGCCCUGAGGGCCAUUCACGAGAGCGACGGCGGGCUGGUCCGGGCGAGUCGGCAGGUUGUCAUCGUCGUCCCCGAGGGCGUGGGCGAGGACCGGAAGGUCCGAGUGAUUGUCAACAAUAUGCAGUUGGAGCUCGUCAUACCAGAAGGGUCGGUGGCCGGCGACACCGUGGCCUGCGACCUCCCCGCCGUGGCGCCUCUGGAGCCCUGGCGGCAGAAGCAGAUCCUCCAGGACGACAUCCUCAUGACCCAGCUGCGGUGGUUCAAGACAGAGGAGUGA